AUGAGGUAUGUGCAGUUGGAGGUGCUGUCACAACAGGAGAGGGUGGGGGUGUGGGGAGUCAGGAGAGGCACCGCUCAGCGGUUCACCCAGAGGUCAGUCCCUCCACCGACCCAGCGGCUGGAGGUCCUUCACUCCGUCCUGGUGGAAAGUCCUGAGGCUCUCAUCAUCAUCAAGGGUAUCUUGGAGGUCCUUCACUGUGUCCUGGUGGAGAGUCCUGAAGCUCUAAACAUCAUCAAGGAGGGACACAUCAAGUCAAUCAUCUCUCUGCUAGACAAACAUGGACGCAACCACAAGGUUCUGGACGUGCUAUGUUCUCUGUGUGUCUGUCAUGGCGUGGCCGUGCGUUCCAACCAACACCUGAUCUGUGACAACCUGCUACCUGGCAGAGACCUGCUUCUACAGACACGACUUGUCAACCAUGUCAGCAGCAUGAGGCCUAACAUCUUCCUGGGUGUGAGUGAAGGCUCCGCCCAGUACAGGAAGUGGUAUUAUGAGCUGAUGGUGGACCAGGUGUUGCCCUUCGUUACGGCCGAAGCCACACAUCUCAGAGUGGGCUGGGCCACCACGGACGGCUACCAACCCUACCCCGGUGGAGGAGAGGGCUGGGGGGGAAACGGGCUCGGUGACGACCUGUACUCCUACGGAUUCGACGGCUUGCACCUGUGGUCAGGCUGCAUCGCCAGGACAGUGAGCUCACCCAAUCAGCAUCUCCUCCGUGUGGAUGACGUGGUCAGCUGUUGUCUGGACCUCAGCGCUCCCAGUAUUUCCUUCCGUAUCAACGGUCAGCCCGUCCAGGGGAUGUUUGAGAACUUCAACUCUGACGGGCUGUUCUUCCCUGUAGCCAGCUUCUCCGCUGGGGUCAAAGUGCGUUUCCUGCUGGGUGGUCGCCAAGGAGAGUUUAAGUUCCUGCCCCCGCCGGGCUACGCUCCGUGUUUCGAGGCUGUGCUACCCAGGGAGAAGCUGAGAGUGGAACACAGCCAGGAGUACAAGGAGGACCACAGUGAGACCAGGGAUCUACUGGGUCCCACCAUCACCCUGUCCCAGGCUGCCUUCACCCCUACACCUGUUGACACCAGCCAGGUUGUUCUGCCUCCUCACCUGGAGAGGAUCAGGGAGAAGCUGGCAGAGAACAUCCAUGAGCUGUGGGUGAUGAACAAGAUUGACCUGGGCUGGACCUACGGAGCUGUACGGGACGAUAACAAGCGGCAGCAUCCUUGUCUGGUGGAGUUCUCCAAGCUGCCUGAGCAGGAGAGGAGCUACAACCUACAGAUGUCUCUGGAGACUCUCAAGACUCUCUUGGCCCUGGGUUGCCACGUGGGGCUGGCUGAUGAGCACGCUGUGGAGAAGGUGAAGAACCUCAAGCUCUCCGCUACUUAUGAGCUGUCUAGUGGCUACAAGCCUGCUCCUAUGGACCUGGGACACAUCAAGCUGGCCUCUACCCAGGAGGCCAUGGUGGACAAGCUGGCAGAGAACGCUCACAAUGUGUGGGCCAGGGAUCGCAUACGCCAGGGCUGGACCUACGGCAUCCAGCAGGAUGUGAAGAAUCGUAGGAACCCCCGCUUGGUUCCGUACACUCUGCUGGACGAGAGGACCAAGAAGUCCAACAAGGACAGUCUGAGGGAGGCUGUCCGCACCCUGCUGGGGUACGGAUACAACCUGGAGGCUCCGGAUCAGGACCAUGCCAGAGCAGACAUCAGUAACGUGUCUGCUGAGCGGUUCCGUAUCUUCCGAGCUGAGAAGACGUACAGUGUGAACGCUGGGAAGUGGUACUUUGAGUUUGAGGUGCUGACGUCAGGCGAGAUGAGGGUCGGCUGGGCGCGGCCUGGCUGUCUACCUGACCAGGAGCUGGGCUCUGACCAACACGCCUUCGUCUUCGACGGAUUCAAGGCCCAGCUGUGGCACCAGGGUAACGAGCACUUCGGCAGGUCGUGGGGUCCAGGGGACGUGGUGGGCUGUAUGGUCGAUCUGAACGAACACACCAUGAUGUUCACCCACAACGGAGAGGUGCUCCUGGACCACUCAGGGUCGGAACUGGCCUUCAAGGACUUUGAGGUUUGGGAAGGUUUCAUCCCGGUGUGCAGCCUGGGUGUUUGCCAGGUUGGGAGGAUGAACUUUGGUAAGGACGUGAGCACGCUGAAGUACUUCACCAUCUGUGGUCUGCAGGAAGGCUACGAGCCCUUCGCCGUCAACAUGAACAGAGACCUCACCAUGUGGCUCAGCAAGAGACUGUCUCAGUUCAUCCCCGUACCUCCGCAGCAUGAACACAUUGAGGUCACGAGGAUGGACGGCACCGUGGAGACUUUCCCGUGUCUCAAGGUCACCCAGAGGUCGUUCGGCUCCCAGAACAGUAACCCAGACAUCACCUUCUAUCGCCUCAGCAUGCCUAUUGAGUGUAACGAGGUGCUGGCCAAGUCACCUGGUGGGACGCUACAGUCUGGCGGGGGCUUCUCCUUCUCCUCUAAGAAAGACCUGGACGACUUUGAGACCGUGUCCGACUUCGAGGUGUUGACGAAGUCUGCCCACUGCACCCUGGGCUCCAGCCUGGACAAGGAGAGGGACCAGUUCAACAACCACAAAGACUACAACCAGGAGAAACCCUCCACGUUAAAGCAGAGAUUCAUGUUGAAGAGGACCAAGCCAGAGUUGACCAGCAGUAACUCUUCGGCCCGUCUAUCAGAGGAGGUGUUAGCUGACAGGGAUGACCUUGACUUCUUCAUGCAGACCUCCACUUACUACUACUCAGUGAGGAUCUUCCCAGGUCAGGAGCCCAGCAGUGUGUGGGUUGGCUGGGUGACCUCUGACUUCCACCAGUACGACAUGGCCUUCGACCUCCAAAAGGUCCGCACCGUCACCGUAACCCUGGGAGACGAGAAGGGCAAAGUUCACGAGAGCAUCAAGCGUAGUAACUGCUACAUGGUGUGGGCUGGAGAGAGUAUGAGUCCUGGUCAGGGCCGGAACAACAACGGUCUGGAGAUUGGAUGUCUGGUGGACACAGUUAACGGACUGCUAACCUUCACUGCCAACGGGAAGGAGCUCAGCACAUACUACCAGGUGGAGCCCAGUACCAAGCUGUUCCCUGCUGUGUUCGCUCAGGCCACCAGCCCCAGCAUCUUUCAGUUUGAACUAGGACGUAUUAAGAACGUCAUGCCCCUGUCAGCGGGACUGUUUAAGAGUGAGAGGAGGAACCCCUGUCCCCAGUGUCCUCCCAGGCUGCAUGUCCAGUUCCUGACCCCGGUGCUGUGGAGCAGGGUACCCAACCACUUCCUCAAGGUGGACGUAUCCCGGGUCAACGACCGCCAUGGCUGGCUGGUCACCUGCUCUGAACCGCUCCAGUUCAUGUCCCUGCAUAUACCUGAGGAGAACAGGUCAGUUGAUAUCCUGGAGUUGACUGAGCAGAAGGAUCUGUUGAAGUUCCACUACCAUACUCUGAGGUUGUACUCUGCUGUGUGCGCUCUGGGGAACAACCGUGUGGCCCACGCCCUCUGCUCCCAUGCCGAUGAGGCACAGCUGCUCUACGCCAUAGAGAACAAGUACAUGCCGGGUCUCCUCAGGACUGGAUACUACGACCUGCUCAUAGACAUCCACCUCAGUACCUACGCAACGGCGCGUCUCAUGAUGAACAAUGAAUACAUCGUCCCCAUGACGGACGAGACCAAGUCCAUCACUCUGUUCCCCAACGAGACGAAGAAGCACGGCCUGCCAGGGAUCGGUCUGAGCACCUCUCUCCGCCCCAGAAUGCACUUCUCCUCCCCCUCCUUCAUCUGCAGCGGAGCCGACUGCUUCCAGUUCAGCCCCGAGUUCCCCCUGGAUGUCCUGAAGACCAAGACCAUAGAGAUGCUGACAGAGGCGGUGAGCGAGGGGAGUCUACACGUCAGAGAUCCUAUAGGGGGCAGCACCGAGUUCCUGUUCGUUCCUCUCAUUAAGUUGUUCUAUACCUUACUGAUCAUGGGAGUGUUCCAUAACGGAGACCUGAAGAACAUUCUACAGCUGAUAGAACCCAGCGUGUUCUCAGAGGGAGGGGACACGCCCGCGGACACGCCCCCGGACACGCCCGAGAGUGAUGUCACUAAGGGAGGAAGAGGAGGGGAGGGGCCUGGAGGAGAGGAGAGAACAGGGAAGGUGCCUAAAGGACUGCUCCAGAUGAAACUCCCAGAGCCUGUCAAACUGCAGAUGUGCCACCUGCUCCAGUACCUGUGUGACUGCCAGGUGCGCCACCGCAUCGAGGCGGUGGUGGGCUUCAGCGAUGACUUCGUGGCUCAUCUCCAGGACAACCAGCGGUUCCGCUAUAACGAGGUCAUGCAGGCGCUCAACAUGUCGGCUGCCCUGACUGCCAGGAAGACCAAAGAGUUCAGAUCUCCUCCUCAGGAACAGAUCAACAUGCUGCUGAGCUUUAAGGACGAGAAGGUGGACUGUCCCUGUCCAGAGCACAUCAGAGAACAGCUUGUAGACUUCCAUGAGGACCUGAUGACACACUGUGGCAUAGAGAUCGACGAGGACAAGCUGAACGAGGCAGACAGUGACUUCACCAUCCGAGGAAGACUCAUGUCUCUGGUGGAGAAGGUGGUCUACCUGAAGAAAAAGAUGACUUUCAUGCCGAAGAACAAGAAGAAAGAUAAGAAACCCAGCACGUUGCAGCAGCUGAUCAGUGAGACCAUGGUACGCUGGGCCCAGGAGAGCAUCAUGGAGGACCCAGAGCUGAUCAGAGCCAUGUUUGUCCUACUCCACCGUCAGUACGACGGCAUCGGGGGCCAGGUCCGGGCCCUGCCCAAGGCCUACACCAUCAACUCAGUCUCUGUGGAGGACACCAUCAAACUGCUGGCGUCACUGGGACAGAUCAGAUCACUGUUGUCUGUACGCAUGGGGCGUGAGGAGGAGAAACUGAUGAUCAGAGGGCUGGGAGACAUCAUGAACAACAAGGUGUUCUACCAGCAUCCCAACCUGAUGAGAGCUCUGGGGAUGCAUGAGACGGUCAUGGAGGUGAUGGUUAACGUGCUGAGUGGAGGGGAAUCCAAGGAAAUCACCUUCCCUAAGAUGGUGGCCAACUGCUGUCGUUUCCUGUGUUACUUCUGUCGCAUCAGCAGACAGAACCAGAAAGCCAUGUUCGACCACCUCAGCUACCUGCUGGAGAACAGCAGCGUCGGGCUUGGUGAGUCGUCUCCCUCCAUGCGAGGCUCUACUCCACUAGAUGUGGCCGCUGCCUCUGUGAUGGACAACAACGAACUGGCUCUGGCCCUGAGGGAACCAGACCUGGAGAAAGUGGUGCAGUACCUGGCUGGCUGUGGUCUCCAGAGCUGCUCCAUGCUCGUGUCUAAAGGAUACCCUGACAUCGGCUGGAACCCCGUCGAAGGAGAGAGAUACCUCGACUUCCUCCGCUUUGCAGUGUUCUGCAACGGUGAGAGUGUGGAGGAGAACGCUAACGUGGUGGUGAGGCUGCUGAUUCGUCGGCCCGAGUGCUUUGGCCCCGCCCUCCGCGGAGAGGGGGGGAAUGGUCUCCUGGCAGCCAUGAUGGAAGCCAUCAAGAUAUCAGAGGACCCCUGUAGAGACGGGCCCUCCCCUACCUCAGAGGCCAGCAGGACACUCAGUGAGGUGUUAUUGGAGGAUGAGGAAGACGACACUAUUCACAUGGGAAACGCUAUAAUGACCUUCUACGCAGCCCUCAUAGACCUGCUGGGGCGCUGUGCCCCUGAGAUGCACCUGAUUCAUGCUGGGAAGGGUGAGGCCAUCAGGAUACGAGCCAUCCUACGUUCCCUGAUCCCCAUAGAGGACCUAGAAGGAGUCAUCAGCAUCCCCUUCCCCAUGCCGACUCUGGCCAAAGACACAGUGGUGGUAGAGCCUGAUAUGUCAGCAGGGUUCUGUCCAGUGGACCACAAGGCAGCCAUGGUGCUGUUCCUGGACCGGGUCAAUGGGAUAGAGGACCAGAACUUCCUGCUUCAUCUGCUGGAGGUGGGCUUCCUGCCUGACCUCAGGGCUGCUGCCUCGCUCGACACAGCUGCUCUGAGCUCUACAGACAUGGCCCUGGCCCUCAACAGGUACCUGUGUACAGCGGUUCUUCCCCUGCUCACUAAGUGUGCUCCGCUGUUCGCUGGGACAGAGCCCUACGCCUCGCUCAUAGACUCUCUACUUCACACCGUCUACCGUCUCUCUAAAGGAUGCUGCCUCACCAAGGCACAGAGAGACGCUAUCGAGGAGUGUCUGCUGGCCACUUGUGGUCAACUGAGGCCGUCCAUGAUGCAACACCUGCUGAGACGCUUGGUGUUCGAUGUUCCUCUCCUCAACGAACACACCAAGAUGCCUCUCAAGCUGUUGACCAAUCACUACGAGCGUUGUUGGAAGUACUACUGUCUGACAGGCGGCUGGGGGAGCUUUGGGGCGUCGUCGGACGAAGAGCUGCAUCUCUCCAGGAAGCUGUUCUGGGGCAUCUUCGAUGCUCUGUCUCGCAAGAGGUAUGACCAGGAGCUGUUUAAGCUGGCUCUCCCGUGUCUGAGUGCUGUGGCCGGGGCACUACCACCCGACUACACGGAGAGUAACUAUGUGGCCGUGAUGGAGAAACAGUCCUCUAUGGACGCAGGAAACUUCAACCCACAGCCAGCAGACACCACCAAUGUGAACGUCCCGGAGGAGCUGGAUCACUUUGUCAGUAAAUACGCUGAGCAUUCACAUGACAAGUGGUCCAUGGACAAGUUCUCCAACGGCUGGGUUCACGGGGACAAGGUGUGUGAGGCCUCGAAAGCCCACCCUCUCCUCAAGCCCUAUAAAGGGCUGUCAGAGAAGGAUAAAGAGUUGUACCGUUGGCCUAUCAAGGAGUCUCUGAAGACGAUGGUGAUGUGGUGCUGGAGCAUAGAGAGGACCAGGGAGGGAGACCCAGCCAGCCUACACAACAGAUCACGUAGGAUCUCUCAGAUCAGCCAGCAACACUCUGUCGAAGGAGCUCCAGGUUUCAGCCCCAGACCCAUCGACAUGAGCAAUGUCACACUGUCCCGGGACCUGCACUCUAUGGCAGAACUGCUUGCAGAGAACUAUCAUAAUAUUUGGGCAAAGAAGAAGAAACUUGAACUGGAAGCCAAAGGAGGAGGGAACCAUCCGUUACUGGUGCCCUAUGACACGCUCACCGCCAGAGAGAAAUCCAAAGACAGAGGAAAAGCCCAAGACAUUCUCAAGUUCUUUCAGAUUAAUGGCUACACUGUGUCCAGGGCCAUGAAAGAGCAGGAGUUGGAUAGUCCCUCCAUGGAGAAGCGAUUUGCCUACACCUUCCUGCAGCAGCUCAUCACUUACGUAGACGAGGCCCACGAACACAUGCUGGAGUCUGACGUUGGGACACCACUGAAAGGAGAGAGCGUUCCUCACGAGCAGCAGAUGAAGUUUUUUGGAAAGGUGGUCCUGCCAUUGGUCGACCAGUACUUCAAGAAUCACCGCCUCUACUUCCUGUCCACGGCCAUCCGACCAAUCAGCAGCGGGGGCCACGCCUCCAAUAAGGAGAAGGAGAUGGUGACAAGUCUGUUCUGCAAACUGGGCCUUCUUGUCAGACAUAGGAUAUCGUUGUUUGGAAGCCAUGCGACCUCCAUAGUCAACUGUCUUCACAUACUGGGCCAGACACUGGACGCCAGGACGGUGAUGAAGACGGGUCUGGAGACGGUGAAGGCGGCGUUGAGGGCGUUCUUCGACAACGCAGCAGAGGACUUGGAGAAGACUCUAGAGAACCUGAAACAGGGCCAGUUCACUCACAGUCACUCCCAGCCCAAAGGAGUCACCCAGAUCAUUAACUACACCAGCGUAGCCCUGCUCCCUGUCCUCUCCUCCCUGUUCGAACACAUCGGGCAGAACCUCUUUGGGGAAGACCUCAUAUUGGAUGAUGUCCAGGUGGCCUGUUAUAGGAUCCUCAACAGCCUGUACAGUCUCGGUACCAACAACAGCAUCUACGUAGAAAGGCAGCGUCCAGCCCUAGGUGAAUGUCUUGCAGCGUUCGGGGCGUUCCCUGUGGCCUUCCUGGAACCAGAGCUCAACCAGUUCAACAACUACUCCAUCUACAUUACCAAGGGCUCCCGGGACAGAACAGCUCUAGAUCUGCCCUUCCAGGUCGGAGAGAUGUGUCCAGACAUCCCGUCCCUGGAGAAGUCUCUGGAGGAGAUCAUGGAUCUUGCUGAGUCCGGCCUGCACUACACGCAGAUGCCUCACGUUAUGGAGGUGGUGCUGCCCAUGCUAUGCAGCUACAUGUCUCACUGGUGGGAGCACGGCCAGAACAACCCUCCAGAGACUGCAGACAGCUGCUGUACUCACCUCACCUCAGACCACAUGAAUAGUCUACUGGGCAACAUCCUGAAGAUUAUCUACAAUAACCUGGGGAUCGACGAGGGGGCCUGGAUGAAACGGCUUGCAGUGUUCUCUCAGCCCAUCAUUGGUAAGGCAAAGGGGGGGCUGUUGAAGACCCACUUUCUGCCGCUGAUGGAGAAGUUGAGGAAGAAGGCUGCCACCGUACUGCAGGAUGAGGAACAGAUGAAGGCCGAGGGACGAGGGGAGAUGUCUGAGGCUGAACUACUCAUCCUGGAUGAGUUUACCAUCCUGAUCAGAGACCUCUAUGCCUUUUAUCCGCUACUCAUCCGCUUUGUAGACUACAACAGGGCCAAAUGGCUGAAAGAAUCGAACCCUGAGGCUGAGGAGCUCUUCCGCAUGGUAGCAGAGGUCUUCAUUUUCUGGUCCAAGUCUCAUAAUUUUAAACGGGAGGAGCAGAACUUUGUGGUUCAGAAUGAGAUCAACAAUAUGUCCUUCCUCAUCACAGACACCAAGUCAAAGAUGUCCAAGGGAGCCGUGUCCGACCAGGAGAGGAAGAAGAUGAAGAGGAAGGGUGAUCGCUACUCCAUGCAGACCAGCCUCAUCGUAGCAGCGUUGAAGAGACUACUUCCUGUAGGACUGAAUACCUGCGCUCCAGGAGACCAGGAACUGAUCGCUCUGGCCAAGAUCCGCUUCAGUCAGAAAGACACAGAGGACGAGGUGCGGGAGAUCAUCAGAAACAACCUGCACCUGCAGGGAAAGUACCGAGUGUUCCACUUCAAAAAGAUGGUGAAGAAGUUGAUCAUAGUGAUGAAGUGGAUGAAGAGUCAGCAGGCCUCCAAACCUCCGGCCUUAGAGAUGCCCGGCGGGCACAAACGUCUGGCUGGCGCCCGCAAGCGCUCUGCCACUAUGGAGAGUAGCUAUACCCACCGGCCUCCCAGGACCACCCGGGCAGGCAUCAAGAAGGCCUCGUCUGUGGAUUAUGUGAUGCACCAUGGGCACGGGCAGCUGGAGGACCCUGCUAUCCGCUGGCAGAUGGCUCUGUAUAAGGACCUUCCUAACAGGAGCGAGGACACGUCAGACCCGGAGAAGACUGUAGAGAGAGUCCUGGACAUCGCUCACGUCCUCUUCUAUCUCGACCAGGUGGAACAUCCGCAGAGGAGCAAGAAGGCUGUGUGGCACAAGCUGCUCUCUAAACAGAGGAAGAGGGCUGUAGUGGCCUGUUUCAGAAUGGCUCCCCUGUAUAACCUACCCAGGCACCGGGCGGUCAACCUGUUUCUACAGGGAUAUGAGAAGUCAUGGAUUGAGACUGAGGAGCACUACUUUGAGGAUAAGCUCAUAGAGGACCUGGCUAGACCUGGAGGAGAGGAGCCUCCUGAAGAAGAUGAGGGAGCCAAGAGGAUCGACCCUCUUCAUCAGCUCAUACAGUUAUUCAGUAGGACGGCCCUGACUGAGAAGUGUAAGCUGGAAGAGGACAUUCUCUACAUGGCCUAUGCUGACAUCAUGGCUAAGAGCUGUCAUGAUGAAGAGGAUGAGGAUGGAGAGGAGGUGAAGAGUUUUGAAGAAAAAGAGAUGGAGAAACAGAAGCUGCUGUAUCAGCAGGCCAGGUUACACGACCGAGGUGCUGCAGAGAUGGUGCUGCAGACUAUCAGCGCCAGCAAAGGUGAGAUGGGUCCCAUGGUGGCCUCUACUCUGAAGCUGGGGAUAGCUGUCCUCAAUGGAGGCAACUCGACUGUUCAGCAGAAAAUGCUGGACUACCUGAAAGACAAGAAGGACGUGGGUUUCUUCCAGAGUCUGGCUGGUCUGAUGCAGUCGUGCAGUGUUCUGGACCUGAAUGCGUUUGAGCGCCAGAAUAAAGCAGAGGGACUGGGCAUGGUGACAGAGGAGGGAUCAGUCAUCACUCAUGAGCGUGGAGAGAAGGUGAUGCAGGACGACGAGUUCACCUGUGACCUGUUCCGCUUCCUGCAGCUGCUCUGUGAAGGUCACAACUCAGGCUUUCAGAAUUACCUGAGAACACAGACGGGGAACAACACUACGGUCAACAUCAUCAUCUCUACCGUGGACUACCUUCUGAGGGUUCAGGAAUCAAUCAGUGAUUUCUACUGGUACUAUUCGGGAAAGGACGUCAUUGAUGAACAAGGACAGCGCAAUUUCUCCAAGGCAAUUAACGUCGCCAAACAGGUCUUCAAUACUCUCACAGAGUACAUACAGGGUCCGUGUACUGGGAACCAGCAGAGUCUAGCUCACAGCCGUCUGUGGGACGCUGUCGUUGGCUUCCUCCAUGUCUUCGCUCACAUGCAGAUGAAGCUGUCACAGGACUCGAGCCAGAUAGAGUUGUUGAAAGAGUUGAUGGAUCUGCAGAAAGACAUGGUUGUGAUGCUGCUGUCCAUGCUGGAAGGCAACGUGGUCAACGGAACCAUUGGGAAGCAGAUGGUCGACAUGCUAGUAGAGUCCUCCAACAACGUGGAGAUGAUCCUCAAGUUCUUCGACAUGUUCCUUAAACUCAAAGACCUGACGUCGUCCGACGCCUUCAAGGAGUACGACCCGGAUGGUAAAGGGGUCAUCUCCAAGAGAGACUUCCACAAAGCCAUGGAGAGCCACAAGCACUACACCCAGUCUGAGACAGAGUUCCUGCUGUCCUGUGCGGAGCCUGACGAGAAUGAGCUGUUGGACUACGAGGAGUUUGUGGAGCGUUUCCACGAGCCGGCCAAAGACAUCGGCUUCAACGUGGCCGUGCUUCUGACCAACCUGUCCGAACACAUGCCCCACGACACGCGCCUGCAGACCUUCCUGGAGCUGGCUGAGAGUGUGCUGAAUUACUUCCAGCCUUACCUGGGCCGUAUCGAGAUCAUGGGCAGUGCCAAGCGCAUCGAGAGGGUCUACUUCGAGAUCAGCGAGUCCAGUCGUACGCAGUGGGAGAAGCCCCAGGUCAAAGAGUCCAAACGACAGUUCAUCUUCGACGUGGUCAACGAGGGCGGGGAAAAGGAGAAGAUGGAGCUGUUCGUUAACUUCUGCGAGGACACCAUCUUUGAGAUGCAGCUGGCCGCCCAGAUGUCCGACAUCGAGCGGUCGGCCAUGAAGGAGGAGAGCGAGAAGGAGAAACCGGAAGAGGAGAGCCCUGAGAUGGGCUUCUUCUCUGUGACCACGGUCCGGACCGCCCUGUUGGCGCUACGCUACAACGUCAUGUUCCUGAUGAAUGUUCUGUCCAUGAAGAGCCUGAAGAAGCAGAUGAAGAGGAUGAAGAAGAUGACAGUGAAGGACAUGGUGAUGACGUUGCUCUCCUUCUAUUGGUCCGUCAUCAUGGGCCUGUUCCACUUUACCUUCAGCGUCUCCAGAGGGUUCUGCAGAAUCAUGUACAACACCUUCCUAGGAGGCAGUCUGGUGGAGGGAGCCAAGACUAUGAAGGUGUCUGAGCUGUUGGCCAACAUGCCUGACCCGACCCAGGACGAGGUCCGAGAGGAGGGGGAGAAGGUGCUCUUAGCUAGACCCUCGGCUGAGGAGGAGCUGGCUGAUCUCGCCCUGCCCGUGGACGGGACCGAAGUCCUCUCAGACAUCUUUGGAUUAGAUCUGAGGAGAGGAGAAGGAGGACAGUAUAAGAUAACUGCUCACAACCCCAACGCCAGUCUGACUGAUCUGCUUAACUCUCCAGUCCCCUCCUCUCCUGUCCUCGCCACCUCACCGUCCCCGGAACUGAGAAGACGGCACCAGGCUAAGAGCCCUUCAGAGGAAGGGAGGACAGGGACCGAGGGAAGCAAGGAGGCCAAGUCAGAGCCGGAGAAAGCACAGGGAGUGGAUGGAGAGAAGCAGGAGGAGAGGAGGAGGAGGAAGGAGGAGGAGAGGAGGAAGGAGGAGAAGAAGAGGAAGGAGGAGAAGGCGAAAGCUAAAGUGAGACAGCACCAAACCUCCAAGACUGAUGAGCAUGACAUGCAGGAGUCUGCCUUCUGGAAGAAAAUCAUCGCCUAUCAGAGGAAGCUGCUGAACUAUUUUGCUCGGAACUUCUACAACAUGAGAAUGCUGGCGUUGUUUGUGGCCUUCGCCAUCAACUUCAUCCUCCUCUUCUACAAGGUGUCCUCCUCCUCGGCGGUGAUGCCUGAGAGCAGAAGGCCCCGGGCAGGCAGCAGUGUGCGGUGGGACCCCGUGACGGAGAGUAGUGACCCCCAGGAGCCUCAAAACCCCCAGCAGGGCCCUGUGUUUGUCCACUUUGUGCUGGAGGAGAGCACCGGAUACAUGGAGCCCACGCUGCGCAUCCUGGCCAUCCUACACACUGUCAUCUCCUUCUGCUGCAUCAUAGGUUACUACUGCCUUAAGGUCCCGUUGGUGAUCUUCAAGCGGGAGAAGGAGGUGGCGAGGAGGCUGGAGUUUGACGGUCUCUACAUCACAGAGCAGCCGUCGGAGGAUGACAUUAAAGGCCAGUGGGACAGACUGGUGAUUAACACUGGAUCGUUUCCUAACAACUACUGGGAUAAGUUUGUGAAGAGGAAGGUGAUGGAUAAGUAUGGAGAGUUCUACGGCCAUGACCGCAUCAGUGAGCUGCUGGGUAUGGACAAAGCUGCUCUGGACUUCAGUGACGCCCACGAGAAGAAGAAACCCAAGAAAGACAGCUCGUUAGCCGCAGUAUUAAACUCUGUUGAUGUCAAGUACCAGAUCUGGAAACUCGGGGUCGUCUUCACAGACAAUUCGUUCCUGUACCUGGCUUGGUAUAUGACCAUGUCCAUCCUGGGUCACUACAACAACUUCUUCUUCGCUGCUCAUCUCCUGGACAUCGCCAUGGGCUUCAAGACCCUCCGCACCAUCCUGUCUUCUGUCACGCACAACGGCAAACAGCUGGUUCUGACAGUAGGACUACUGGCUGUGGUGGUGUAUCUGUACACCGUGGUGGCGUUCAACUUCUUCAGGAAGUUCUACAAUAGAGGGGAAGAGGGAGAGACACCAGACAUGAAGUGUGAUGACAUGCUCACAUGUUACAUGUUCCACAUGUACGUGGGCGUACGGGCAGGAGGGGGCAUCGGUGACCAGAUCGAGGAUCCAGCGGGUGAUGAGUAUGAGAUCUACAGGAUCAUCUUCGACAUCACCUUCUUCUUCUUCGUCAUCGUCAUCCUCCUGGCCAUCAUCCAGGGUCUGAUAAUUGAUGCGUUUGGAGAACUGAGAGAUCAGCAGGAGCAGGUGAAGGAGGAUAUGGAGACCAAAUGCUUCAUCUGCGGAAUAGGAAACGACUACUUUGACACAGUACCUCAUGGCUUUGAAACCCACACCCUGCAGGAGCACAACUUGGCCAACUAUCUCUUCUUUGUGAUGUAUCUCAUUAACAAAGAUGAGACCGAGCACACAGGCCAGGAGUCGUACGUGUGGAAGAUGUACCAGGAGCGGUGUUGGGAAUUUUUCCCUGCCGGAGACUGUUUCCGCAAACAAUACGAAGACCAGCUCAACUGAUUCAUGAAUCAACCGAUCAAUUCAACUGACUACUGAUCAGCUGAUCUUUUGAUCCAGAUGCAGAGACUCGUCCUUUCUUACUGAUCAAUGUGAAAGGGGCUGUUUCGUCACCUUCCUUCGUCAGCUAGCCCCCCCCACCCACGCGCUGUUUGGAAUGCUUUCCAGACACUGUACAUAAUAAUAUAAUGACGAUGAUUACUCAACUGUAUAAUGUCCUUCCUGGGUGCGUUUGGAACACAGGGCUGUGUUUGGACUUUGAGGACUUAAUGCUUCAUCUAUACAUUUGCUUUUAAUAAUUCCACAUUGAUGACAAGCGAACUAAAUGAUUG